AUGGAAUGUUUUUCUAAAAUUGUAUAAAUUUAAAAUAAAUAUUAAAUUAUUUUUUUAUUUAUUUAUUUAUUUUAUAAGAUUGUUAAUUUAGAAGAUAAAUUUUCAAAAGAAAGUAAAAAUAAUGAGGAAGAAUAAAAAAUAAGCAAAGAAUUGUCUUAAAAAAAUAAAGAUUAAAACAAAGCUUAAAAUAAUGAGACAGAAGAAAGUGAAGAAGAAGAAAUUAAAAUCGGAUCAAUACAACCUCCAUAUAUACCACCUCAAAAAAAUCCAGAAAAAUAUACAUUAGUUUUAGAUUUAGAUGAAACUUUGGUACAUUAUUAAGAGAUGGAAGAUGGUGGACAAUUUUUAGUAAGACCAUAUGCUGAAUAGUUUUUGGAAGAAAUGGCCCAAUAUUAUGAAAUUGUUAUUUUUACAGCUGCUUUAUCUGAAUAUGCAAAUUUUAUUUUAGAUAUAAUAGAUUCUAAAUAAAUAAUUUCUUAUAAAUUAUAUAGAUAACAUACUGCUUUACAUGAAAAUUCUUAUGUUAAAGAUUUGUCUAAAAUAGGAAGAGAUUUAUCAAAAAUGAUAAUUAUAGAUAAUAUGCCUGAAAACUUUUAACUCUAACCUGAAAAUGGAAUUUAUAUAUUGAGUUGGUUUGGAGAUCCUGAUGAUAGAGCUUUAUAUGAUUUAACUCCUUUAUUAAAAGGUAUAAUCUUGAAAUUUAGAGAUGUUAGAAUUGCUUUGAAAAAAUUUAGAGAAAAAAUGAUGGAAAAUAUAUAAAAUGGAAUAGAAGAUCCACAUUUAAAUUUAUAAUUAGAUAAUAUAGAUUGA